GCUACCUCGCGGGCUUCGCAGUCGCGAGUUGUGACCCUGGCGUCUGGGCCCAGCCCAACAGCCCCGAGCCACGCCGGAGUCGCAGGAGUGACUGGCAUGGUGGGGGCUGGCCUUGUGGCGAGCGCCGCCCUAAGCCGUUCCGUGAAGCCCCGCACCAAGAGGAACCUCGUGACGAUGGCUGCGCGGGGCGGCGAGAGCUAUGACGCUCUGGUGAAGGACCUAGAGACGCUUGUCAAGGAGAAGGAGUGUGGGCCCAUCCUUGUGCGACUUUCCUGGCAUGAUGCCGGCGUCUUCUCCGACGGGAAGCUGAAGGGUGGCUGCCCCAAUGCCGCCAUGCGCUUCACCGACGGUGGAGAGGGCACCUUUGGAGCAAACGCGGGGCUGCCAGAUGUUGCUCUAGGUCUCCUGAAGCCCAUCACGGAGAAGUAUGUUCCCGAAACCAUUGGAAAUGCAGAUCUCUGGACCCUGGCGGCCAACGUGGCAAUCAAGGUGAUGGGAGGCCCAGACGUGAAGACCCGUUUUGGUCGCAAGGAUGCGGAGUCCUCAGCCGACUCUGUGGAAUCUCAGGUUGGGCGCCUCCCGGAUGGCGACAAGGAGAUCGACCACCUGCGGGAGAUCUUCCACCCCAAGGGCUUCACCGACAAAGACAUUGUGGCCCUGUCGGGUGCGCACACCGUAGGGAAGUGCCACCUGGAUCGCUCCGGCUUCGAUGGCCCUUGGACCGAGGCACCCCUGAAGUUUGACAAUUCCUACUUCACAGAGAUGUUGGAGAAGAAGUACGAGGAUGACAAGACUGAGAAGGGCAACCCCCAGUUCAAGAACGGUGAAACCGGAACCAUUAUGCUCAUCUCAGACCUGGCGUUGUUGAAGGAUCCCGCUUUCAAGGAGCAUGUGGAGAAGUAUGCCGCCGACCAGGAUGCCUACUUCGCGGACUUCACCGAAGCCUGGGUGAAGCUGCAGGAGCUCGGCUGCACAGACCUCCGGGACAGCCUUUGA